AUGUUUCGACCAAGUUCGAAGCAAGAUAUGCUUCCAUUCACCAAGAGUGAUACUACCUCCAAACGACUUUUAUCAACCAAACCUCGACGAAAACGAUCACGUUCAUCUUCUGGAUUACCACCUGCAAUCUAUGAUAUCUUAUAUACCUAUCCAGCUUCAUUUAGAAAUUUGAUACUAGUCUUAUUGAUUGGUUCAAUCUUAUUUUGGAUCUCAACUAAUGUAUUAGUCUUGAUGAGAUUUCUUUUAGUCGAUACACUCUUUUCCAAUGGUUUGUUAGGUAAAACUCAUCUUGCCUUACGAAAACAACCUUUAAUCUUUAUUCAUUCUCCUUGGUCUGCAACGAUUGUUUGGGAAACAAAUCAAAAUCGAACAGAUGAACAUCAUCAUUGUAAGAAAGGUGUUGGGUUAAGGUAUUGGAAAUCAUCUAAAGUAGGAGACCUUCAGUAUACCGGUCAAUCUGCUUUAACCAUACCCUUGGUGGAAAAGAUGUCAAAGAUGAUUGUGCCUCGAGUCGAAGUGGUUCAACCUGAUGGAUAUGGAAAUCAAAACCGAUGGAUCCAUUCAGUUUUACUUGAUAAUCUUGAACCUGGUAUGAAUUAUGGAUAUGAAUUGUUUUUAGAAUCAAACCAACGUGAUAUCAAUAACCCCAAGAUACCUGAAUCGAUUAAAUCAUAUGGAGAAUUCGAAUUUACUUGGCUCGGCAUGAAUCCACCUAAUCCGGCUAAUCUAGAUCAUAUCUCUUCUACUUCUCCUACUUCCAAUCAUACCGUUUCUUCAUUCCAUAUGGCUAUCAUUGGUGAUACUUAUUCGAAUCCACGUGGAUUACAUUCAUUAGCCAAGAAAUAUUUAGAUUUGAAAUCUUAUGUUCCUUUACCUACUUCGGUUUUUCGACCCAGAAAGAUAACCGAUCAUUUCAAAUCUCAACCAACCAAACCUCAUGCACUCAUCCAUUUAGGUAAUGCAGUCUCAAAUCCAGAAGAUCACAGAGAAUGGCAAACUGGCUUUUGGGAUCCUCUUACCUUUCAACAAUCAGCCAGUUCAGAAGUUCCAAUCUUAUAUGGACGAGGACCCCACGAUUUCGACAAGAACGGAUCAAGUCUCUAUACCGGUGGACUUCCUGGCGUUCAAUUAGGAGAAGUGAAUCGAACAAGAGUAGCCUUACUCAAAAACCAAUCCAAUCGAAUCAUCUUACCAGGUUUUGCAGUAGCCGAACGUCAAUACACAGCCAUCCAAACUCCUAAACGAGAUAGAAGAACUCGUGCAAGUUUUAUUGGUUAUUCACCUCAUCCUAGAAUUAGAAUCUUAGUUUUAGAUCCUAAUUUAGUACCUGAACGUCAAGCUUUUAUUGGAUCUCGUAGUACAUUAACCGAAUUAGGUGAUCAUGAACAUUGGUUAUUAUGGGAAAUGGCUAGACCUGAAUGGAAAGAAGCUUCGAUUAGAUUGAUUGUGGUUAAUGUUCCGGCUUUUCCUGAAUUUGUUGAUCCUCUUAGUUGGGCUGAAGGUCAUCAAAACAAUUGGGAAACAUAUGUUCGAACUACUUUUGCUCCUCAUUUUCAUGGCAUUUCAGCUAUUGCUCGACAGUUUGAUAUCCCACCUGCUACGAUGGUCAUCUCAUCACAACCAGCUGCUUAUUACCGUGGUUUACUCCAAAACUACCUUGCACAGGAUUACGUGAAUGCAGUCACACCAGAUCAGAUCAGUAGUGCCACCAAACAUGCAGCAUAUGUCCAACAUUACAGUACAUCCGAUCCACAUUCACCACAUCCAGAAGAAGGCGUGAUCUAUGUAUCAGUACCGGGUCAGAGACCAAAAGGCAAACCACAUGAACCAGCCGAACAUUGGGGAUUCUAUGAAGUAGCCAGUGAUUUUAGUAAACGAUCACAUUCACCAUUAAGUUUUUCAUCAUUAAGUUUUGAUCUUUCACCAGAUGGAUAUCAAUCUAAAUCAGAUUUAACAACUGAUUGGGAUGAGAAUUUAAAAAGAAGAGAAGAAUUCGAUCAUCAAAACAUUCGACUUUAUCAUAUGAUUGGAUCUCAAUCUACUUGUGAUAAGAAUCAUACUCAUCUUUGGAAACCUAAUUUGGUUUAUGGAAUUGCUUAUGAUAGAUUGUAUUUUAGAAUCAUGACUUCUAAAGGUAAAGUUUUAGAUCAAUUCGUUGUUGAAGCUGCGGCUUGUCGUUCAUGA